AUGUCUGUCAAGUUCAUCGUUUUUCUGGCCUCUAUGGUCUUUGCCAUCAUGGCAACUGCUGCAAACCUCCCUCGUGCUGCCGCCGAGAAAGCUGUCGUCGACUCUCCUCGUGGAUUGGGAAGCCAGGGCUUCUUUGGCAAGAUUGUUGCUCGUCAGGAAACAAUCACUGUCACUGCCACCGCCACCGCUGAGAGCUGUGAUGCUUUCGACCCGGUCACAUCUGAUCCAUCCCAAGUUUCUGAAAUUCAGUCCACGACGUCUCCAGUCCUUGCUCCGGUCUCCAGCAGCGUGGCAGUUUCUUCUGCCUCUGAGGCUCUAGGGUCUUCUGUUGAUCCAAUUGCGAUAUCCUCUACGGCGGUCAGCAGCAACCCCGCUGUUUCAGUUACUCCUUCUGCAUCGACCCCUGUUGCCUCUGAGACCGGUAUCGCCCCGCCUAUCGAAACCAACUUUGCGGUUCGCAACGGUGGCCUCGAGGGUGCAAUCCUUGUUGGUGCUGCGGGAUUUGCUGCUCUUGUGGCGUUGUAA